AAUUAGACAAGAAAUGUAGGAAUCACUCGUUUCACUAUUUCUGUAUUUCAGGCUUAAAAGUAUGUCGCAUAGGUUUAAAAUUAGUACGGAUAUAUGCUGGGAAGCCCAAUACUCGGUAAAAUCAAAGUCACGGUUUUAGAAAAACCCUAGACUCAGGGAAGUUAAGGAAUUAUUUCAGACGCACUAGCAAUUCCAAGUCACGCAAAACAAUGGCUUCUGAUUCUAUGGACGGAAUGAAACUGAGGAUUUCUGAGCUUCUGAAAAAGGUCCAGCUCGAUUACUCUCCAGCAAACACCAAAAUUAUCAAUGACGUCGUUUCCUUCAUCAAAGAGGCUAUCGACAAAAUCCCUGAGGACAAGGUUACUGCUGAGCUAGCUCCCGGGUUCAUUAGAGACAUUAAUGCUGAUAAGGUUGAAUUUGUGUUUAAGAAGCCAGUGUCGAUAGAAAUUGGUGGUAGUUACUCAAUGCAAUGUGUUGUGAAACCUGACAUUAAUGUGGAUCUUUUACUUCGCUUGCCAAAGGAGUGCUUUCAUGAAAAAGACUACUUGAACCAUCGGUACCAUGCCAAACGAUACCUUUAUCUUUGCAAAAUAAAGAAGCAUCUGAAUGUUUUUCCACAAUUUGAAAACUUGAGUUGGUCUUCCUUUCAAAAUGAGGCUCGGAAACCAAUACUGGUAUUCUGCCCAGCUGCAAAGCUAGUUCGGGAUACUGGAUUCGUCGUAAGGAUAAUUCCCAUGGCAACAUCUUUGUUCAAUCCAUCGAAGCUUCGGCUGGAGCGGAACAAUAUUCGUUCUCUAAAUCAAGGAGGUAUUUUGCAGGCUACACCAAAGUACAACAGUAGCAUAUUGGAGGACUUGUUCAUGGAGUCUAAUGCUGCGUUCAUCAAGAACACGUUUUCUGAAUGGACGGAAUUGAAAGAUGCUCUAACACUACUUAAAGUCUGGGCUCGCCAAAGGAGUUCAAUAUAUGCCCAUGAUUGUUUAAACGGAUUCCUAAUUUCGGUUAUAAUGUCCUUCCUUGCAAAAAAAACCGGUACCAACAGUAUUAAGAAUAUAAUGAGUUCAGUGCAAAUAUUUCGUGUCACCCUGGAGUUCAUUGCAAAUUCUAAGGUUUGGGAUAAGGGACUUUUAUUUAAUGCAGUAGGCGAAAACAAUGGGUCAACCAAGGACACAAGGGUAUACUUUGAACAGUUUCCUGUGGUUAUUUGCAAUGCGUAUUCAGAGUUCAAUCUAGCAUUCCGUCUGUCACAGAGUGGUUUUCAAGAGCUCCGGAAUGAGGCUGCAUUGGCACUUACUUGCAUUAGAAAGUGUAGAGAUGGUGGAUUUGAUGAGCUUUUUAUGACAAGGGUCGAUUUUCCUGCUAAGUAUGACUAUUGCUUAAGAUUGAGUCUGAGAGGACACAAUGAUAUUUACAAUUUGGGAUUUUGUUUGGAUGAUGAAUGUUGGAGAUCAUAUGAGAGCAAGGUGUUGUCUGUGUUGAAUCAAGGGUUGACAGACAGAUCUAAGCUCGUUCGUUCUAUUUGGAGAAAUACGGCAUCUGGAUUCGAUUAUGAGGAGGGACUUUCAAAAUUGGAUGGAGAACCAUUGCUUAUUGGGAUUUCAGUAAGUUCUGUAGAUGCAGCCUUUAAAAAGGCCAUCAUUGGCCCUAGUCACGAAGAAGAAGAUAAGGCUAUGGAGUUCAGAAAAUUUUGGGGUGACAAGGCAACACUUAGACAGUUCCGUGACAGUAGAAUUGCUGAAGUCGCAGUAUGGGAGUGUAAAGAGUGGGAGAAGCAUCUCCUUUUGCCAGAUAUAGUUGAGUAUAUUUUAUCACGCCAUUUAUCUAUCACCAGAGAGAAGAUCAUUCCCAUUGCCAGUCAACUCGAUUUCGCUCUUCUCCAGAAGGAUAUAGAUCCUAUCUCUUUCUCAUCUGCUCUUUUGGGAGCAUUUGAAGAGCUAUCAAAGCGUUUGCGUCAACUGAAUGAUAUUCCAUUGAAGGUGACAAGUGUUCAAGCUAUUGACCCAGUUUUCAGGCAGACUUCUGUCUACCCCCCUGGACCCCACCCUCUGGCAUUUGAGAAGUCCAUCAACACGAAACUGCAGAUACCUAUUUCUACUUGUUUACAACCACUGGAAGUUGCAAUCCAGCUAGAAGGCUCAGGAAAUUGGCCACUGGAUGAAGUUGCAAUGGAGAAGACAAAAUCAGCAUUUCUUCUCCAGAUUGGGGAAAGUCUUCAGAACAAUUGGGGGUUGACUUGUACAGCAACCGAGGAUGAUGUAGAAGUUCUUAUGUCUGGAUUUGCAUUCCGCCUUAAAGUAUUGCACGAGAGAGCUUUGAAUUUUGUAAAUGGACAACUUAAUUAUAGUCAAGCAAAGUGGGUUCUCCCCACAGAUAAAAAACUUCUCCUACGAUACAUUCAUGCUGGAAAGACUGAUGGGUUGCGAGGUCGUUAUCCAAUUUAUGGGCCAGUUGUUCGGCUGGCAAAACGAUGGGUAUCUGCUCAUUUCCUUUCGACCUUGUUGGCAGAAGAGGCCAUUGAGUUGUUGGUUGCAUUUACUUUUCUCAGUCCUUUUCCAUUUGAUCCUCCUUGCUCUCGCAUAACAGGAUUUCUAAGGUUCCUAAGAUUACUGUCAGAGCAUGAUUGGAUGUUUUCCCCUCUAGUCGUUGAUUUUAAUGGUGUUUCUACCAAUGAGGAAGUGACUCAAGGGAGUGAUUUUACAGCUGAGGAUAUGAAGAAAAUUAAUGUGGCUUUUAAACAAAGCAGAGAGGGAUCACAAACAAAUGUGCAUGAUGCAAGACCGUCAAUGUUCUUGGCCACUAAAUAUGACCUUAUGUCUGAGGCUUGGACCAUAUCAUCACCGACAGUGACAGAGCUUAAGAGAUUGGUGGCAUAUGCAACUAGUAGCGCAAACUUGUUGACCAAACUGAUUUUGCAAGAUGAUUAUGAUUCUUACGGAUGGAAAUGCCUUUUCCGCACACCUUUAAACAAGUAUGAUGCUGUUGUCCUUCUACACAGAGACAAAUUACCCUACCCACACCAUCUUCUUUUCCCCUCUGAAAUGGAACAAGGGCAAUGUGUGGUGCGUGGCAAGCCAACAAAGAUAUUCGAUCCUUUCUUUCAUCCCACAAACCUCAGAGGGAGCUACAAGGAAUUGAAAUCUAAACUGAUGGUUAACUUUGAUCCGCUCAAAUGCUUUAUUACUGAAAUUGAGAGAGAAUUGCCAGACACAUUUAAGAUUUGGUACGACUCGUUGGGAGGUGAUGCCAUUGGUCUCACUUGGGGAAAAGUUAUUUCAAAGAAAAGGAGAAGUGAUUCCAUGGACGAGGGUGAAGAUAUGCUGAAUAUACUGAGAACAGUGGGUGAAGUUGGGAAAGGCUUUGUAAGAAGCAUUCAUUGUCUUAAAGCCCCAAAAAUAAGUCAAUGAGUUAUUUCCUGUUGUAGGAGAUCUUGCUGAUCAAUACGUAGUGUCAUUAUCUAAUGGCAAUAUAUGUUAAGUAUAAGGUACGACAGAUAGUUGCAGCAUUAUGGGCCCUAUGGCAAAACUCUGUAUAUAACUUAACUGUUUUUUGUACUCCAUAUAUUCAACAACUAUCAACAGAUAAGUGUAUACAGUUGAUUCCGUUCUUUUAAAAAAAUAUGCUACAAGAAAUUUCAUUUCCCAUGUUUUUAAAGAUGCUUAGAGCAUCUCUAAUCCUAACUUUGACAUUCAUAAA